ACUAAUUUUCAUGGAGACUAUUAUAGGACUCAAGCAAGCCUCCCAACUUUUGGUGUAAUGUGCUGAUUAUUAGGAUGUGAUGGAAAUUAGGAAAGGAAGAGUUUCUUACAGACUUUUGAGCACCUGUGCAAUAAAUGUGUGGUAUUUCACAUGCUUGGUAUGAUAUCUUGUUAUGGUUUGAUAAUUUCCCAAAAUGUCUUCUUCUAGGUACAGAGUGAGAAAACUGAAGUCAAAGACCAUGGGAGAUGCCGCAAAACCUUAUUUUGUGAAACGCGCUAAAGACCGAGGAACUAUAGAUGAUGAGGAUUUCAGAAGGGCUCACCCCCAGCAAGAUUAUUUAAUAAUGGAUGACUAUGUUAAAGGCCAUAGCAGUAAAAUGGAAAAAGGCCUUCCAAAAAAAAAAUUAACACCAGGGAACUAUGGGAAUACCCCCAGAAAAGGACCAUAUGCUGUUUCCAGCAAUCCCUAUGCAUUUAAAAACCCAAUUUACAGUCAGCCCGCUUGGAUGAAUGACAACCACAAAGAUCAGAGUAAGAGAUGGCUCUCUGAUGAACUUGCUGGUAAUUCAGACAGCUGGAGGGAAUUCAAACCGGGACCUAGAAUUCCUGUUCUAAACCGACCAAGAAAAGACUCCUUUCAAGAAAGCGAAGAUGGAUAUAGGUGGCAGGAUGGACGAGGCUGCAGAACUGUAAGACGACUGUUUCAUAAAGACUUGACAAGCCUAGAAACCAUGUCAGAAAUGGAAGCAGGAAGCCCUGAAAACAAGAAGCAGAGAUCCAGACCUCGGAAGCCACGGAGGUCUAAAAAUGAGGAAAAUGAGCAGGACGGAGACUUGGAAGGCCCCGUGAUUGAUGAGUCUGUGCUUUCAAUGAAAGAGCUCCUGGGCUUACAGCAGGCAGAGGAGCGAUUAAAGAGAGACUUCAUUGACAGGCUCAAAAGGCGACCAAGAAACUACCCUACAGCUAAGUACACCUGCAAACUUUGUGAUGUUUUAAUUGAAUCCAUUGCAUUUGCCCAUAAGCAUAUCAAAGAGAAGAGGCACAAGAAAAACAUUAAGGAGAAGCAGGAGGAAGAGUUGCUCACUACGUUACCCCCGCCUACACCCUCCCAGAUAAAUGCAAUUGGUAUUGCCAUUGACAAAGUGGUACAGGAGUUUGGCUUACACAAUGAGAACUUGGAACAGAGACUAGAAAUUAAACGUAUCAUGGAAAAUGUGUUCCAACACAAGUUACCAGAUUGUUCUCUGAGAUUAUAUGGGUCAUCCUGUAGCAGAUUAGGUUUCAGAAAUUCAGAUGUAAACAUUGACAUUCAAUUUCCAGCCAUUAUGUCUCAGCCAGAUGUUCUCUUACUUGUUCAAGAAUGUUUAAAGAACAGCGAGUCUUUUGUUGAUGUUGACGCAGACUUCCAUGCUAGGGUACCAGUGGUGGUGUGCAGAGAAAAGCAAAGUGGUCUUCUUUGUAAAGUGAGUGCAGGAAAUGAAAAUGCUUGUCUGACAACAAACCAUUUAACUGCCCUUGGAAAACUUGAAUCAAAGCUGGUUCCUUUGGUGAUUGCAUUUAGGUACUGGGCAAAGCUUUGCAGUAUAGAUCACCCUGAAGAAGGAGGUUUGCCACCAUAUGUGUUCGCCCUGAUGGCCAUUUUCUUUCUGCAACAGAGGAAAGAACCCCUUCUGCCUGUUUAUCUAGGAUCAUGGAUUGAAGGGUUCUCAUUGAACAAACUAGGAAAUUUCAACCUUAAAGAUGUUCAGGAAGACACCGUGGUUUGGGAGUAUGCUGACAAUGCUGCCGGAGAUGCGGAAACAGCAGAACACGAGGCACCAAGAGAAGUGCCUGUUAAGAGGGGACAGGUAUCAUUAAUAUUUGAUUUCAAGCACCAGCCAUCAGUACCAGUUGGGCAGCUCUGGGUGGAAAUGCUUCGAUUCUAUGCAUUAGAAUUUAAUUUGGCUGAUUUAGUGAUAAGUAUCCGUGUCAAAGAAUCAGUGUCUCGUGAAUCCAAGGAUUGGCCCAAAAAGCGCAUUGCCAUUGAAGAUCCCUACUCUGUUAAAAGAAAUGUGGCAAGGACUCUAAAUAAUCAGCCCGUGUUUGAAUAUAUACUUCAUUGUUUAAGGACAACAUAUAAGUAUUUUGCUCUUCCACACAAAAUUACAAAAUCCAGCCUUCCAAAGCCUCUGAAUACUGUCACGCGUAUUUCCGAACACUCUAAAGAAGUAGCAAACGUGGGGGCACGAGCAAAAGGUGAUGAACUCAAAAGCUCAGCUUUGGCUCAAGAGCCAGGUGCUGCCAGUUCAGGUGCGAACACCUGCCAGGUACAGCCACUUACAGAGACUGCUGAAAGCUUUGGAGGCCCCCCAGCAGAGGAAAUGGGGCACGCGCAUGUCAGCAUCCACCUGGAAAACUCCAGCCGUGUCAGGACAGGGGCCGGUUGUGAUGGUUGUGAGGAUGUUAAAGCACACCGUCGAGCAGCGGGAAGUAAAGCUGGGAGCGAGGGCAAGCAUCCUUUGCCUGCCGGUGAUCAAGGGCCAAGCAGUAGCAGACGUGGAGAGCUUGUCCUCCGUGGCGGCACACAGAAUAAGGAGACAGAUAACACUUUGGAUGUAGAAGACUUCCACAGUCCUACGGCCGACGAGUGUGAUGGAUUCGUCACUUCAGAGGACAAGGCUGAUGUUGAUGAAGAAGGCGUAGAAGGUCCUGAUGAGCUGGAAGAUGCUCUAGGCCACUUUGCUCCUUCAAGACAGGGUCACGUGUCAAGAAUCAUUCAUUCCGAUGAGGAGGAGGAGGAGGAGGAAGAGGAAGAGGAGGACGAUGAAGAACCCAGGCUGUCCAUUCCCCGGAGGGAAGAUGAGGACGACUUGGCAAAUGAAGAUGAGUUAGAAAAUCCGUACACAGGAUCAGGGGACGAGGACGCCCUGUCUGAGGAGGACGAUGAAUUAGGCGGAUCUGCUAAGUAUAAAGACCUGAAAGAAGAUGGAAAACAUGUGGACGGGGCUCUACUAAUGGAAUUGAAUAAAAUCAGUCUUAAAGAAGAAAAUGCAUGUGAGGAAAGUUGCACUGCAGAUCAGUCUGAUUUCUUCUAUGAAUUUAGUAAACUCAUCUUCACCAAAGGCAAGUCUCCUACAGUUGUGUGCAGUUUAUGCAAACGAGAAGGUCAUCUCAAGAAGGACUGUCCCGAAGACUUCAAAAGAAUUCAGCUGGAACCUUUGCCGCCGCUGACACCCAAAUUUUCAAAUAUCUUAGAUCAAGUUUGCAUCCAGUGUUACAAGGAUUUUUCUCCAACUAUUUUGGAAGAUCAGGCUCGUGAACAUAUUCGGCAAAACCUAGAAAGUUUCAUAAGACAGGAGUUUCCAGGAACUAAAUUGAGCUUGUUUGGCUCCUCCAAAAAUGGAUUUGGGUUCAAACAGAGUGACCUUGACGUCUGCAUGACAAUUAACGGGCUUGAAACCGCGGAGGGGUUGGACUGUGUAAGAACUAUUGAAGAAUUGGCAAGAGUCCUCAAAAAACAUUCAGGUCUUAGAAACAUCUUGCCUAUCACAACAGCAAAGGUGCCAAUUGUAAAGUUCUUCCAUUUGAGAAGUGGUCUGGAGGUGGACAUCAGCUUGUAUAACACACUGGCCCUUCAUAACACAAGGCUCUUAUCUGCUUAUUCAGCCAUCGAUCCCAGAGUGAAAUAUUUAUGCUAUACCAUGAAAGUGUUUACAAAGAUGUGUGAUAUUGGUGAUGCUUCUAGAGGCAGCUUAUCGUCAUACGCAUACACGCUUAUGGUGCUAUAUUUUCUCCAGCAGAGGAAUCCACCAGUCAUUCCUGUCCUUCAAGAGAUAUACAAAGGUGAAAAGAAACCUGAAAUAUUUGUUGAUGGCUGGAAUAUUUAUUUUUUUGAUCAAAUAGAUGAACUGCCCACCUAUUGGCCAGAAUAUGGGAAAAAUACAGAAUCUGUUGGGCAGCUAUGGUUGGGACUUCUUCGAUUCUACACAGAAGAAUUUGAUUUUAAAGAACAUGUUAUUAGCAUCAGGAGAAAAAGUCUGCUUACAACUUUUAAGAAACAGUGGACCUCAAAAUACAUUGUAAUUGAAGAUCCCUUUGAUUUGAAUCACAAUCUUGGAGCUGGAUUAUCGAGGAAAAUGACAAAUUUUAUAAUGAAAGCAUUUAUUAAUGGUAGAAGAGUGUUUGGUAUUCCAGUCAAAGGAUUUCCGAAGGACUACCCGUCAAAAAUGGAAUACUUUUUUGAUCCAGAAGUGCUAACUGAAGGAGAGCUGGCACCAAAUGAUAGAUGUUGCCGAAUUUGUGGGAAAAUUGGACACUUCAUGAAGGAUUGUCCUAUGAGGAGAAAAGUGAGGCGGCGGCGUGAUCAGGAAGAUACCCCGAACCAAAGAUACCCUGAGAACAAAGAGAAGAGGAGCAAAGAGGACAAAGACAUUCAGAACAAGCACACAGAGAGGGACGUGUUGACAAAAGAAGAGAAGCCCGUGCAGUGCACGCCUCAGAAAGCCAAGCCAGUGAGGACAGCUGUCGACCUGGGCAGAGAGAAAAUCCUCAGGCCACCAGUGGAAAAAUGGAAGAGGCAGGAUGACAAAGACUUACGAGAAAAACGUUGUUUUAUUUGUGGAAGAGAAGGGCACAUUAAAAAGGAAUGCCCGCAAUUUAAAGGCUCUCCAGGUAGCCUUUCCAGUAAAUAUAUGACUCAGGGAAAAGCCUCAGCGAAGAGGACCCAGCAGGAAUCAUGAGGGAAGGAAAAUGCAGCACUCUAAAUGGCCACUCAGGCGGUCCCAUUCUCUUUGAAAUUAGGUUCAUUUCACAGGACACUGCAGUGUAGAUCAGGCUUCUACUUAAUACUCUAGGGAAAUGUCAGAUUUUUUUUUUUUAACUUAAUGAAAUUGUUAAUGAGGAAAAAAAAUUAAUAGAGUCUACAAAUCCCCAUAGAUAUAAGGAUUUUAAGAGAAAGCCAUGACGUAUGUAUUUAAGCCAGGUUUUAUUUUUUUUUUUAAGCCAGGUUUAAAAAAAAAAAAAAAAAGCAUAAUUGUGGGCCAGUAUUCAGUGAAUACAAUUUCAUGGUUUUUAAUUCUUUCAGAGCACACUAAAACUGGUGUGCUGAUAAACCCCUAGUAAAUUACCCCUUCUUUUCCAUCUAUAAAUCCCUUUUUUGUUUUGAAGAGGGGAGAUUAUAUUUAUUGUUGUUUACUGAAUCCUUGCGUGAAAGCAUAUCAAAUAUGUGUGAACUGCUACUACUGUAUUUACUACGAUUUACAAGCCGAUUUCAUUGAUAUUUGUAGAAGUGAUGACGCGAACACGAGUACAUAUUUGUGUGAGCCUUCCGGGGUAUGCAGCGCCACUGAGGGGCUUUGGUUUUUUUCCCCCUCUCUAAUUUUAAGUUGACAUAAAAUUACUAUGCUCCUACAAAUGAAGUAAGGGAAACGAAUAGUCCUGUUUGCUGCUAAAAACAUUUUCAAAGGAAAAAUGACAAAAUAUAGAAGUGCUUUUUACUUUUUAUGAUACUCCGAAAUUAGGGUGGAGAACUUUUAAAACUCCCUGAAGAUGAAAGAGGCCAUCUCUGCCAAUCACAAGUUUGGUUGGUGUCAUUUUGGGGUCUGACUGGAGCCCUCCUGGAACUGUUUCUCUAACUCCACAAGCCCUUCCAGAAGUAGUACGUGGCCAGAACUAUGCCUCGGUUUAUUUAUCAUUUUGAAAUAAAAUCAGAAUUUCAACCUGUAAUUUUAUCCACAUUCCUUUCUAGCGAGAGUCCUAAUGUCGUGAGGAAACCAGAUGGAGGGAGGGCAGUACAGAACUGCUCCUCUUCAUCUGGCGCCCCCUCCUUGUGCUCAUGCCAGCUGCUGGUCAUCGGCCCCACUGUGCGCCAAGCUCUGGGACCGCGCAGAGGAGAGGCACAGACUUGGGGGGAUGGAAACAGAGAAGGAUGGAGAGGGUGUUUGCUGGGCAAGCGUUCCCAGGUAGGAGAGAGCUCAGAAAAUAAGACAUCUGUGAGCCCUUCUUUUCACCUACCGGAAGACAUAUUCCAGUUAAGGAAGAAUCCUAUCGCGAGGAACUACAGAAUCUGGGCAAGUUGUGGUAGGAUCAGCGAUCGUUCCUUACUCAGCUUUAACGAACCCAAACUCCUGAAGUAAAACAUGAAUUAUGUACCCUGGGCCGAAGCUGCUCCCCGUGACUUUCCUCAGCUGCUCCUCUUCUGAUUUCUCUUGCCUUCAACUUGAAAGUGAGCUUGACCGGGCACACACUUCUCGUCACACUUUUUUUGGAAAGCUUAGUGAUGCGGUCUUCUGGCAUGAUAGCAGAAAUCAGAGACCGGCCUAAUUUUUGUUUCCUGGUAGGUUUUAUUUUUUUACUUGGAUGCUCCAGUGUUUGUUUAUCCCUAUAAGUUUUGUGUCAGUGACUUUUGUCUGAAACCAAAGCAAAUCCCAUGUAUCUCUAGCCCAGUUUGGUUUUUGGUUGUUGGGUUUUUUCCAUCUUGGGAACGUGUGUUCUUUUUUUUUUUUUUCUCAAAAAUGCUUUUGCCUUUUUUUCAGUAUUCCUCUUUCUCCAUGCUAGGAACACUUUUCAGAUUUAAUCUCCACAUGACUGACUGGAUUUUUGGUGUCAUUCUGCUGUUUGCUGUUUCUCAUGUGGAUUUUGUCAUUUCAUUUAUAACUGUCUUCAGCUUAUUUCAGCCACCUUCCCUUUCCUCUCAAUUUUAAUUAUCUUCCUCUUUAUGGAAACCAUGUUUUCUUAUAUCCUUUUGAGAAUGUUAAAAAGCUUCCUACAUUUUAUUCUAAUUCCUGUGCUAGAUUUCAGUCCCUCACACUGGAUCAACGGGACAGUGACCAGUGUUUACCAGCCCUGGAGAAUGGAUGACCCUAGGUUCUUUGCUCCCUUGGCGUGGGCCUGGUCACAGCCCCUUCUCAGUGCCCCAGCCAGGGGACAGCCGCAUCUGCCCCACGCUGAGGCCAGCCCCUGGGGCGCAGUUACCAUUGAGGCGCAGCUGGCCUGUUUCUCAACAGGCUCCACGAAGGCUCCACUAGCCCACUUCUCCUUUCCUCCUCCUCUCGGGAACAAACAGGAAGAUGAACUCUAUUCUUCCAGCCCCAGUCUACAUGUUUUAAUCCCUUGCUCAGUGCGUACAUAUCAACAGUGUGCGCCCUUUCUGAGAUGUUACUAAAAUGUUCUGACAUGACUUCAGUAUACUUUUCAUUUUCAAAUGUGUUUCACAAAUGGUUUUAUUUAAAAAAAAAAGUUCCUGAGUGGAAAAAAUCCUGGGUAGGAAGGUCAAAAGGGUUCGUAGUGUUACAGGCAAAAAAAAGAAAUUUGUUGACAAGAAAAUAGAAUUCAACAAAACUCCGAUAAAACCGUGAUACCGUGAAGAUGCGCUCAGUACUAUUUUCUUUGAAAGCAGGUGUGUUUACACAGCAGCCGUCAAGAAUUUAGCGCAUUUCACCGGGUGGAAUUCUAGACUUAAUUAGGGUCUGGCUCUGCCAGUUUUCCAGCAGACUGUGGCAAUCCCCGUAGCCUCUCUCUGCACAGUUCAGUUUCCUUGCCUGCAAAAUGGAAAGCAUAUCUGCCCUUUCACAGAGCAGUGAUGCUCAAGGGAGGUCUUACUAGGAAAACACUUUAACGUCUAGAACCCUGAAACUAAGGGCCAAAGUGCACAGUGUUAAACAUUUCCCUAUUUUAAGUUCUUCCUAUUGGUGGGAAUCUAAAUGUGGUUCCAGCUUGCCAACUCCUUCAGCAGUUAACUACGGCCGCCUCCUGACACCCCAGGGCAGCUGCUGCCCUGAGAUAAGGGCAAUCACAUAUUUCUUAUACAGUGUUGAAAGCUUUCUUCUAACACCAGUUUAGCUCAGCCACCUACACCAGUUUCAAAUAACAUUAGGUAUGCCUGACCCACAAACAAGUAGAUUAUGGGACUUACCACUCACAUGCAAAACAGCCAGCCAAGUUAAAACAAAACUGAGUAGUGUGUAUUAAAUAGAUGAACAAAUCAAGCAUACAUGGGAUCUUGAAUCAGAACAUUUAGAACUAGAUUUUAAAAAUACUUUCUGGCACACCCUACUAAAAGGCCAGAGUUUAUGCAUCAUUUUUAAACUAGCAAUGCCAAUGCACCUGCCUAAAAAAACGGUGAGGCUGCUAUGAGACUAUGUGCUCGAGAGUGCUUUAAAUUUUUUUUUAAUGUUUAUUUUUUUGAGAGAGAGACAGCAUGAGCAGGGGAGGGGCAGAGAAAGAGGGAGACACAGAAUCCGAAGCAGGUGCCAGGCUCCCAGCUGUCAGCACAGAGCCAGACGGCUGGCUCGAACUCAGGAACAGUGAGAUCAUGACCUGAGCCGAAGUCGGUGCUUAACCGACGGAGCCACCCAGGCGCCCCUCGAGGGUGCUUUUGAAACCUGUAACGUGCUACAUGACUGCAUAAUGAUAUUUCAAUAAUUAAGAAUGAUACAUGGCUUUUUUUUUUUUUACGUUUUAUUAACACUAUUUUUCAGAGCAGUUUUAGGUUCACAACAAAACAAUGGAAAGUACAGAAUUCCCAGAUACCCCUGUCCCCACACAAGCCAAAACCCUGCACUAUCCACAUCCUGCACCAGGGUCGGGUAUUUGUUAGAACUGACAGCCUAUGUGGACACAACAUUAUCGCCCAAAGUCCGUUGUUUACAUUAGGAUUCAUUCUUGGUGUGACACUUUCUAUGGGUUUAGACAAAUGUGGAAUGGCAUGUGUAUCCACCGCUGUGGUUCCACGGUUUCACAGUAUAUGACAUCUUUAUCCAUGAAUAACUAGCAACCUUUAUUGAGUUUCUAGUACUUAGGUGCCAUACAAUCUUCUAAGGGCUUUCCAUUUAGUCUUCAUAGCAUCAGUAAGAGGAAGGGCACAAGAAGGAAAAUAUCCCCUCCCAAAUCACCGAGCUAGGGGAGAGGAAGCCAAGAUACAAACCCACCAUACUACCAUCGCCUAAUCUCACUGCUUCUUUGUGCUUAGAGGGCUUAGAGGCAAAGAUAACCAUUCUCUUGCUGUCGUGCAGUUCUAUUUCAGUAGCAGGGAGAUAGAACUACCUAAGGGAAUUCUGAACCAUCCAAACCUAUAGGCUCUAGGGGAUGAAAGAUAAAUUGGGCUCUAAAACACACUGAUUAGUUCUUUUCACAUCAAAACACUGAACAAGAAAUCUUUCCUCGCCAUCACCAUUCCACAGAUCCUACUUUUCCCCUCUACCUCUAGCACUUCCACGAGAAAAGCCACCCAUCCUUUAUGUUCUCCUCCCCCCCCCUACUGCUAACCCUGCAGCACUUCUGUUCUCCAGAAUCUCUCAUUCUUUCCUGGACCCUCCAUUGACCAGGCUUCCUGUGAGUGCAUGCCUGGUAUAAUGCCUAAAGCUUAGGUGUACUUGGAGAAUUAAAAGGCAGGAGGCCCUGAGCAGCCACUACAAGGUCUGACAGGCGUUCAACCAAUCUUAGGGAAUGGUUCUCGCUAUGAAUGUUGACAGAUCUGUCCAAUCACAUCUUCGGGUUGGUCGGCGUUCCAAAGUCAGCACCUAAAAGCGAAACUUGCAUUAGCACCAUCUUCCAACAUCCGGUGCGGUACAGCCCGCGGUGAGGAGGUAGCCUGACACCUUCAGCAGUAAACAAGAUAAAACAGCUUCUUAAAGAUAAGCCUGAACACGAGUCAGAGUGUUCAUCGAGAAGAAAGCACAACUGACACUUUUAGGAACAGAAAUGGACUAUGUUGAAGAUAAGUUAUCCAGUGAGUUUGUUUUCAAUAACCCAAACAUCAAAGGAACGUGUGGCUGUGGAGAA